AUGGGGACAGGUCAUAACUGGCAAGAGGAUGGAAGACAGAUCAUCUGGAAGGGGGAUGGGACAGGUCAUUCUGGAGGAGGAUGGGACAGUCAUCUGGGAGAGAUGGGGACAGCUCAUCUGGGAAGGAGAUGGGGACAGGUCUCUGGGAAGGAGGAUGGGAACAUCAUUGCGAAGGGGAAUGGGACAGUCAAGGUGGUCUGGGAGGGGAGGAUAAGGACAGCAUCUGAGCGGAGGAGGAUCGGGACAGGUCAGCUGGGAGGAGGAUGGGACAGGUUCAUCUGGGAGGAGGAUGGAAGUCAUCUGGGGGACAGGUCAUCUGGGGAGGAGAUGGGGACAGGUCAUCUGGGAGAGGAUGGAAAACAGUCAUUGAAAGGAGGAUGGGGACAGGUCAUCUGGAGGAGGAUGGACAGGUCAUCUGGAGGAGGGAUGGGACAGGUCAUUUGGGAAGGAGAUGGGGAACAGGUCAUUUGGGAAGGAGGAUGGGACAGGUCAUUUGGGAAGGAGUAUGGACAGUCAUUUGGAAGAGAUGGGAACAGGUCAUGGAAGGGACAGUCAUUGGUCAUGGGACAGGUCAUUUGGAAGGCAGGAUGGGGACAGGUCAUUGGGAAGGGAGAUGGACGGAACAGGUCAUUUGGAAGGAGGGAUGGGACAGCUCAUUUGGAAGGAGAUGGACAGUCAUUUGAGAGAGGAGGACAGUCAUUUGAAGGAGGAUGGGACACUCAAUUUGGGUAA